CACUCACCAUCACCUAUAUAAACCACCCAAACGACAUGCUGAUCACCCCAGAUAACAUCAAUUGAAUCGAACUCUCCCUUCCACAACUAUCUACCACCCAACCAACACCCCAACAACCAAUCACAAUGGACAAGCUCGGCGGAAUCGCUUCCAAGCUCGGCGGCAGCCACGGCAGCUCCAACAACAACCAGAAGGAAGACUACGUCGACAAGGGCGUCGACAACGUCGAGAGCAGAUUCGGCGCCGACCCCCAGAAGCUGCGCUCCACCAACGAGAAGGCCACCGACUUUGCGCGCAACAAGUUCGAGAGCUCCACUGGCCACCAUGUUCCCGACAAGAUCUCCAACUAGAUUAGACGUGAUGAUGUCGAUGAUACACUUAUGAUGACGCCACUGGCAUUGGCUGUAUGAUGGGAUGGUGUUUUAUGAUAUGAUAAUACAUUUUGAUAAUGUCGAUUGAGAUGGUGUUUUCCUCGUACUUGUACUGUACUUUGAAUCCCGACACUGUAAAUGUAGAAGUUGGGGCCAGCUUCAUAGGGUGGGCUAGCGCUUCGUUUGGUGUCUAGCCCUCACCUCCAUACAAGACCCGGUUUUCAAAGCACGUAAGAUCAGAG